UUCUCAAAAAUAGAAACAAAAUGACCAGAAUUGGCUAUUGCCCUUUCCAAAUUUAACAAGAAGUCUCCGAAUUGACACUUAUAAAUGAAUGGCUGACAAAUCCUUCCUACAGAGGCGUUGACAGCCGCAUCCCAUUUUCCUCUCUUCCCCAUUAAAGCCAAUUCUCAAUCUAUUCCAGCCUGACCUGGUUGGGCUGGUGCCUUUCGUUCCUUGUUGAGAAAGCUUUUCAGAGGUGCCCCUGUCCCUGUCCCUGUCCCACACUGUUCCCAUUUUGGUGGCGCGACAGACAGCGUUUCCUGUCGCUGCUACCUCAAUAUCUUAGCCCCUAUGAUAUAGUUGUUGUGCCUGGACUCCUUCGCUGUCAUUUGUAACUUGUAAGAUGAUCAACGGCAAUGAGAUUAAGGCUAAAAACCAGACAUUGUUAUCGUCUUCGUCGUCGUCAUUACCAUCAUUGAACUCCUCAGAUUCUGAAGAUUUGGAGCGCAUGCCAUUGGCGCCCCUGAUAUGGAAGAACAAGAAACGCCUGUCCAAGCAACUUUCAAUGUGCGAAACUCAACGUGACAGAGCAUGGGAGAGACGUCGCCGCCAAAUACUAAUGCAGGAGGGGAGAAAAAACAAGCUCCUAGAUUCUGAUGACUUGACAGAUGAAGACUUGAAUGAGCUCAAAGGGUGCAUAGAGCUUGGAUUUGGAUUUAAAGAGGAAGAGGGGCAACAAUUGGCCAAUACGUUACCAGCACUGGAUCUUUAUUUUGCCGUUAACCGGCAACUAUCGCCAAGCCCGGUGUCCACACCUCAUAGUGGAGAAUCACCAUCUUCAUCAGCAAUGGGCACACGUUCAUCUUCAUUUGGAAGCCCUAAGGGCGAUCCAGAUUGGAAGAUAUGUAGCCCAGGUGAUGAUCCAAAGCAAGUUAAGACUAAGUUAAGGCACUGGGCACAAGCUGUAGCUUGUUCGGUCAGGCAGUCUUAUUGAUCAAAGUGUGGGAUAGAUUGUACAGUGAGAGAUAUAUAUAAAAGAGCUAGAUCAGACGAAGACAUAAAUCCAAAAAGAGAGGGGAGAGAGAGAGAGAGAGAGAGAGAGAGAGAGAGAGGGGUUGGCUUUAAUUUUCAUUAGGGUCUUGAUAGAAUUUACUACCAUUAUAGAGGCCAACAAAAACACGAGGAGGCGUUAUGGGGUCAGUAUUUACAAGGUCAAUGGAGUAGAAGUUGCCAUUGGCUCUUGAUAACUUGGUUAGAAAUUGAUGCAUUUCUCUUCUUA